ACCUUCCCCUAACAAAACACCAAAAUGCCCCCCAAAAAGGCCCUCGUCAUCGCCCUCUCCGGCUGCUCCUCCAGCGGAAAAACCACCCUCGCCCGCCUCCUCCGCGACAUCUUCCCCAACACCUUUAUCCUGCACGAGGAUGACUUUUACCGCCCCGAGGCCAAGCUCCCUAUAAAGAACGGCCUCGUGGACUGGGACUGUCCCGAAUCCAUCGACAUACCCGCCAUGGCAGACGCCCUCUCCUACAUCCGCGAAAACGCCUCCUUUCCCCCAACCCUCGACUCAAAAGAAGACCAAAACUCCGUCGGCCCCUGCCCCAUCCCCCCCUCCCUCACAACAACCCUCAAAUCCAAAGUCCUCUCCUCCCUGCCUCCCACUCACCCCCUCUUCCUCCUCCUCUCCAACGAACCCAAUCAAACACCACCACCACUCAGAAUCUGCAUCCUCGACGGCUUCCUCCUCUACACCCCCGCCAUGUCCCCCAUCCAACCCCACCUCGACCUCAAAAUCUUCCUCCGCGCGUCCUACGCAAAGGCGAAAGCCCGCCGCGAGGCACGAGACGGCUACGUCACCCUCGAGGGCUUCUGGGCUGAUCCCCCUGGGUACGUGGACAAGAUUGUCUGGCCGAAUUAUGUAGAGUCGCACGCGUGGCUGUUUGAGGACGGGGAUGUGGAGGGCAAGUUCAAGAGGGACGUGCUUGAGAGGGAAGGGAUCCGGGUGCCGGAGGGGGAGCCCCUGGAUGGUGAUAUGGAGGCUACGCUGACGUGGAUCGUCGACUUGUUGCUGGAGGAGCUGAGAAAGUAUGCCUAG